AUGGCCACUACGAAGACCACGGGAGUAACCAAGGGCGCGCUGGCCGGUGCCAUUGUCGGAUCGAUUAUUGGCACUGCGAUACUCGCCUUCCUGGCUGCAUGGCUCUUCAUUCGGCGAUCCCAAAGCAGCAAACGCGGCGGAUUCCAGAGAUAUGAGAGAGAGGAGGAUAAUAAUACGGCGGCAACCAAUAAGUCCGAUCAGAGCAGCAGAUUUCUUCCCGCAAAGGCCAACAACAACAACAACAACAACAAUAAUCAAAGCUUUUCGAAUGGAGCGAGCGAGAAUCUCUUAUUGAGCAGCCGCAGUCUGUCAAAAUACAUCCCGGAUCCCGCGGACGACGAGAGCGUUAUUGGACGCGUCCUGGGCGUCUUUGAUCAAGUCAGUCUUCAUGUAGACAACUACUAUUCGCACACGCAGCCGGUUACUUCGCCAUCUAGUCCGGCGGAAACUGCGUGGAUCUCUCAGUUUGACACGCCGUAUCUGCCUGGACCGCUGUCUGCACUCCUGGAAAACCCCAAGACACGACGAACGACCAUCACGCAUGCUCUCGCGCGCUCGCUUCUCUCGGCAAUACAGCCACAGAGCGCGACAAGAGUAUCGUUGCUACCACCACUUUUCACCCCUGGUCCAUUAGCAUCGGAUGACCAAGAAUUGAACCAAGCCACCUAUACCUGGCGCAUAUUGGCCGCCUACCUAGCUCGAAAUGCAACACCCGAAGCCGUAGAAGAAACCCAAGUCCGACAAGAAGCAGCAAUCAAUGCCUUUGUCGACAACUUUACUUCCUCCUUUGCCCCAUACGCUGACCCAGCGCACUCGUCAGAAGACCGUGCGCGGCACUUGAGAAGCGUGACGACCGCCGCGGCUGACCUGGGCCGGUGGCUUUUUGGACAGCCCUGUGCAUUCGAUUUUGUCUAUUCGGGGCCCACUGGAAAUAAUGAAGUGGUUGUUUUGCCGGCGAUUGUGAAAGUGCUUGAUGAGAAGGGCCAGCGGUUGGCGACCAAGGCGACUUUGUAUCAGGCGGUUACUGCUAAUUUUUGA